AUGAAACGCCUGUUACUGGUAGUCAGUGUGGUGGCUUGUUUGGUGCCAACGACCCUUAGUCUUUCUCAGCAUGCCCGAUCUACAUCGGGGCAACCUGCUGCGCAGGCGGCGGCUGCUCCCGUAAGCAACGGACCAGUUCCACUACUCCCUGUGCAGGAUCCAACACAAGUGCCUUCCCUUGGGACUGUUAAUGUUUUCCGUAGUCACAGUCUGACGAAAGCUGCUCAGGUCGAAGUUCACGGAGCUCACGAGGUAGAUAAGGAGCAAAGCAAGGAACCCAGCGAAACAGCCGAUUUCCAACACUCAGUUCUGCAAAAGCAACAAGAGGCCCUCUCUGCCUCAGACUGGUUCAGCCGGCAGCUAGAUGCACUCGAGCAUCUCAAAGAACACGAAGGAAAAAUCCGACAGUACAUUCAAAAAGCCCCGGCGUCUGAAGGGCGACGCAUCAUGUAACGGGCGGUCGCGGCGAGACGCUUCGUGGACGGACUUUACUUUAGCAUAGGGGUUGUCAUCUUCACCUGAAUUGUUACCAACGAGUCAGCCGUUCCAACGUGGAAGUUUUGUUCCGUACGUGGAUUCUCUCCCAGCGCAAACAACAGAGCGCCUCCUCAUGUUGAUGAAACGAAACAGUAGCAGCUCGAACUAAGCGGGUCAACACACUGACACAGGCUA